UGUCCCCGCCCCCGGGGUGGAGGUGGGGCCUGCCUGUGAGCGCAUCAAGGUGCGACAUGCAGAUGGCGGCGGCCAGGUUACUGCCUGGUGCUUUGAGCCUGAGGCAGUUCUUGCAUCGACAGAAGGUUCUGACUUUGUACAGGAAGAUACUGAAAGUAAUUCAUCAAAUUCCAAAUGAAGGAGAUAAACAAUAUCUUAAGAAUUGGGCAAGACAAGAAUUCAAACAGAACAAGAAUGCUACAGAUGAAGAUACAGUGCGAAUGAUGCUCACUCAUGGAAAUCUGCAACUUAAGGAGCUAGAAAAAAUGCUUCGAUUAGCAAAAUAAACAAAAAGCAAAGCAAAGAUGGCUAAGAUUUUCCAGAACACUUGCACAGUCCUGCUGAUACCUGUCUGGAACAUAUGUUCUGGGCUUUGAGGAAAGCUUUUCAUUAAUUUGCCAGUAGUGACUUCAUCACAUCAUUUACAAUGAAACUAUUAUUUGGAAAGAAUUAAAAUCAUUUGCUGGAAAAUGACCUUAUGAUGUUUGGGUAGUCAUAUGUGAUUCAUGGUGUGCAAGAUCAAAAUGUAACAUUUUGGGAGGUGAAUUUAAUGAUACUCUAGAAUAGGAUACAGGCUACUUUGUGAACUGUACAACCUCCUUACAGUUGGGUGCAAUUAAUCAUUUGAAGAAGUACAGCUUAUAAAAGACUGCUCCUUUCAUAGUAUUUAUACAGACUUUAUUUCAAAGUACUGAUUUCUUGAACUGUAUGGGAGAGAAAGGAAAACUAAUUGUAUAAAUUUUGUAAUAUAUGGUGUGAAAAUUUCACUGUUAAAUUUUCAGGCUGAUUUUCCCACUUGGUUCCGUGGUGGAUGUUAACUUUGUUUUUCUCCCCGCAGGUGCUGGCAGCCUUGUCGAGUUUCUCCAGUGCUUUUUGUUUUUGUUUCAGAUCUCCAGUACCUGCAGUUCUUAGUCUAACAAAACAAUGUUCUAACCAUGAUGAGGCUGUAUAUCCACAGCCAUUUUUCACAGGUGGUCUGGAGUCUGAAAGAUAUUUGUGAUUAUGCAGAGGCUGUUAAGUGGGAAUGUCAAUAAAAGCGGAAUUUUUUCACUUGA